UCCUGGGGUAAUUUGCUGUAGUGCUUCGUCUUCGUUAAACCAGUUUUCGCCAGUUUUAGUAGGUUGUUCCGAGAUGGCUGACGUAAUCGAACCUCAGUGCGAUUCUUGCGAAGUGAAGUUUUUGGACAGUGUGCGUAGAUCGCGGACUGACAUUGUCUUGUUUAUGGUUAAUCACGGUGUGAUGAGCCGGGAAAGUGCUUGCACUCGAUGUGGUAAUUUGUGCCCGCUGGUCGUGGACGAUCUUACUUUUCGUUGUCGGCGCCGGUUGUCGAUCAACAAGAAGAGAAAGCGGCAGUGCUCAUUCAACGUCUCCGCGCGGGCUGGUACCUUCCUAGAGAACUCUCAUUUAUCUGUUGAGCAGAUAUUUGUCUUCGUAUCUAUUUUUCUUCACCUGAAACCACCUCGUCAGGCCUUCAUUCGUCGGGAGCUGGGGAUUGCCAGCGCGACCAUUGUUGAUUGGUACUCGUUCACCCGGGAGGUGUACGUCAAUCACAUGGUGGACCGUUCGGAGAGGAUCGGUGGACCGCAGGCGGUUGUGCAAAUUGACGAGGCGAAGUUCGGACGGCGGAAAUAUAAUCGCGGGCGAAUUAUAGAAGGACAGUGGGUGUUCGGUGGUAUUGACGUGAACACGAAGAGGACCUUCCUUGUUCCUGUGGAAUCAAGGGACUCUGCGACUUUGCUGGCAUUGAUUCGCGAGUGGAUCCUUCCUGGCACAACAAUCAUCAGCGACUGCUGGCGGGCGUACGACUGUCUAGGCCAGGAGGGGUUCAGGCAUCUUCAAGUCAACCACUCUGUGAACUUCGUUGAUCCCGAGACUGGUGCUCACACGAACAAUAUUGAGCGUGUUUGGAGGGAGGUGCGGGCAACCAUCCCCCGGUAUGGGAUUCGGAAAAAACACUUUGUGGGAUAUUUGGCCGAAUUCCAAUUCAAGCAACGGUAUUCGCCGCUUGAACGUAUCCACCAUUUUUUCAAAGCUGCUGGCCAGCUUUACCCUCCACAGCGCUGAUGACGUCAUCGACUGUUAGAAGGCAUUGAUUGCGUAAGUGUUUGUACGAGUUGUUUAUUGUCAGUUAGGUUCUUAAUUCACUUCCUGAAGUGUGGAAUUGUGUAAAUUGGUGUAAUUAUGAUUUUUUGGACAUACUUAGGAAAUUAAUAUUUUCGGUCAUAUAAUGAC